AUGGUGUGCACUACUUUUUCCCAGAAAACUGGUGAAUGUCAAAAAGUGGUCGAGAUCAAGACCCAUGAGAAGUGUGAGCAUAAGAGCAGGGAACAAACUCCGGGAGAUGAUGAAGGUGAUUCCUCUGGGGGUAUCGGAGUGGGAGAUCUGGAGGGCUUAGACCCAGCAGGAAGUGCCGGGACCGGGGCAGAGGCAGGGACCGGGGCAGGGACCGGGGCAGGGGCAGAUGCAGGGGCUGCAGCCGGGACCGGGACCGGGACCGGGACCGGAGCCGGGGCGGAGAAGGCGGAGCUCAGCGGCGCAUCCCCAGGCGCCGAAGUGAAAGCCCAGCCGCCCCCGGAGAAGACCCUCGCGGCGGCGCGGCCGCGGCGGGACUCGCGCUCGGUGCUCCGGGUGUCCCAGCUGCUGCUCGGGGCCAUCGCCUCGCACAAGCGGCUCACGGUGGCGGCGCUGCGGCGGGAGCUGGGCCAGGCGGGCUACCAGGUGCGCAGGCGGUGCCGGCGCCGCGGCGGCGGGGCGCGCGCGGCCGGCUUCCCGGGCACCCUCAUCAGGGUCAGCGGCAGCCACACCUCCGGCUACCUGCGCGUCUGGAAGCCCCCGAAGCCCAAGAGGAAGCCGGGGCGCCCGAAGUCGAAAGAGAGCGUCCGGCCCUGCAGGACGCCCUCGGGGCUGCGCAGCCCGCGGAGGCGCCGCCGCGUGCGCUGUCGGAAGGCGGCGCGGCGGGCCCGGGAGGUCUGGAGGCGGGACGCGCGGGUCAGCAGCGUCCUGAGGAGGCUGCGGCCCAGAGUCCGGGGCCAGGUGCGUCCCAAGGCCAAGGACACGAGGGCCAAGGACAUCAGGGCCAAGGACGCAAAGGCCAAGGACACCAGAGCCAAGGACGCCAGGGCCAAGGUGAUGGACAGGAGCAGAGGGAAGGCCGUGAAAGAAAACAGGUCCCGGUCCCGAGGGAGGAGGCCACGGGAAGAGAAGAAGCUGGACCCCGAGAAGCCGGCAAAGCGGCCCCGCCAGAGGUCAGCUUCCCUUAGGACCGGCCCUCGGGCCGCCCGCACCCGCUGCUGCACCUGAAAGCCCGUGGACCCCUUCGUGUGGGAACGUCUUCCCUUCCUCCAGGCACAGAGGCCUUUCUUUCCCCAUGUGGUUCCUGUUAGAGCAGCUCUCACACGCGUUGAAAUGGACUAACUAUUCACAAGACCUUU